CUUCCUCGUCUUCCUCACCUUCCUUCCUCAUCCCCCCCUCACCACCAAUAAUGUCGAGGCCAAAUCAAGGCCAGUCUCGCCCUCUCGGCGCUACAAAACCAAAAUCCACGGCACUCUCAAAUGCCGUGCCAUCAAACGCAGCAAGACGCAGCGCCGGCACUGUCCCAGGUCUGGCCCGCGCAGCAUCAACUCUGCGCCAGCUCGGCUCGUCGCCGGGCCAGCACAGCUCAUCGCUCGCGUCCAUCCCGGCGCACCUCCGCAACCUCUCGGCGCCAAAGAUACCCUCACCGCUCGGCAAGGGCACGCCCGCACGCAACAUCAAGCUCAGCCUUCCGGCGCGUACUUCAAAGACGACGGAGAAGCACGUUUUCCUCCCCGAAGACCCGCAACUUGCGCCCCUGCCCCGUACCGCAAGUGAUAUCAACCUUGCACUUGCACGCUCGGGAAGACCUCGCAGUUACUCUGCUGGCUCUGGCGGCCCGCCGUCGUCGAGCCACCGCGCAUCGCAGAGCUACACUACGCCCCUUGGCCAGGACGAACGCUCCGACGCGGAGAAGAUGACAAAACGAGAGCGCGAGGAGAACAGCCUGCCCCGCUUGACGGCUUACAGCACUGCCGAUGGCUACCGUCUUCGCUUGCUGCAGGCUUUCUUGAAGCGCGAGCAUGGUGUUGGCGUCGUGCGCGUGUUUGAUGACUGCAUCUACGCUGUGUACAACCUUCCUUUGCUUCCUGGCUACGGCGCGACAACUCGGAUUCGUUCAUCGCCUGCUGUCAAGUCCCCGGGCGGCGUGUCGCUGCUUGAGCGCAUGACGCAGGCCGAGGAUCUGGGCUACAACGACGAGUACUUCCCCGUCCAAGAUGAGGACGCGGCCGAUGGAGAAGACUACCGCGCCCCGCACGACCCUUCGGAGUACAUUCUGAGCUCGUCUCCACCUAACCAGUCUCAAAUCCUGGAGCCGGGAAUGGAGGACACGCUCGAGAGGGCUGAAGAGCACGUGAAUAACGAGGACCACCCGAACCACCCGGAGGAUCACGACGGCCCGAUCAUUGUCGACCACGGUGAUGGUCCUCACUUUGACCGCGAGGGCCCUCAGCUGCUCGAACAGCAAGAAGAAUUGGAGGAGGAGCAUCGCGAGCGGGAGGAAGAGAGCGAGCGCCGCCUUCUCCAUAGCGAGUCAGAGCCGCAUCACACUCGCCACGUCCACGUGCCCGGUACGCACAUGUCAAGCACCCACCCCGGCUACCUGGAACACGUGCCCUCAUCGGCGCUGACACCGUCAGAACUGGAGGACCCGCCUGCUGGCCAUGUGGACUAUGCUCCGCAGCAGGCGGUUUCGCGUUCGCAGCGGAAGCGAUACCCCUCACCCCCGAGACGCAGACGCAAGUCGUACUCGUCGCAGAAUGUCGCCGAGGCCGUGUUCUUCAGCUACGGUGUGAGCGUCUUCUUUGGCUUCACGGCCGGCGAGGAGCGGACCAUCAUGUCGGACUGCGAGGCCGCGGGAGCGUGGCAGCAUGGUCUGGCCGAGGACGACUGGGAGGUGGAGGAGUUUCACUUCGUCUACGACCGCGAUGCCGAGUCUCCGCGCAUCUACAACGACAUGUUUACCUUCAAAUCUCGCUCGCACCUGUUCAAGCUGUCGCUCGCGCAUGCCAUCGCCCAGUCGACCAAGCUGUCGGUGUACGAGUCGGUGAUGCAGGAGUCUCUGGCCCUCACAUCUUCGUUCCCGAAGGAGCUGGCUGUGACGGGCCACCUGCAGAUGAACCGCAUCGACGCGUUGAAGAUGACUGGGAGACUGUUCCGUCUGCGCAUGGACGUCAACUUGAUUGGCGGUAUUCUGGACACUCCCGAGCUUUUCUGGUCCGAGGCAUCCCUCUACCCGCUGUACGAGGCGAUUAACCAGUACCUUGAGAUUGGCCCGCGCGUGCAGGUGCUCAACGACAGGCUGAGUGUUGUCGGCGACUUGCUCGAAAUCAUCCACGAGUACAUUGACCAGCGCGCCGUGCACCGAAUCACCUGGAUCAUCAUCUGGCUGAUUCUGAUCGCGUGUAUUGUGCAAGUCGGCGAGGUUGUGGCACGGUUGGUCUUCCACGGCAUUGAGGCGAGCGCGGUCAAGUCGUUGUUCGUGGUGCGCGGUGUGCGUGCGGCGCUGGGCAAGUAGGCCGAGGUACGCGGAGCGGAACGUAGGCCGAGCCCGUAGUGCGCGACACUGGCGUGUGGCUGGCACAAGGCUUACGACUAGGGCGUGUGGCCCUGCUGCUCUAUUCUAGACAUUCAUGUUGUAUGCAGUUUCGGUGAUUGCAG